AUGCGUGACUCUAUGAAUGUUGAUCAACCAUUUUCCAUUGUCGUGCUAAAGGAUGCUGAUCAUGUUGACGACUAUAUUGACGGUGUAAACUCUACUUCAAUUGAGCAAGGUGAUUGCGAUGCAAACGGAUGUUAUACGUGUUCGAGUCCCUGUGCGAUGAUAUACUGUUGCUCCGGUCCGUACCCCCAGUGCUGUGCGAUUAAAGGCCGAAAACUAUAUACAAUUACAUAG